AGACACAGGAUUGAGAGUAGGUGAGAGGCAAGGAGAGAGAGAGUGAGAGAGAAAAUUUCUCGAUGCGCGAGGAGGCGCGCGGAAGUACCUCACCGUUUGGAGGGGGUUACCCGAGUUCGGUGGGGUUGAAAACGACCGGGGGUGGAAUAGCUGGGGGUUGAAGCAGCUGAGAGCAGUGCGAGUAGGUCACACCGACAACCACAGCGGGAGUACGCGCUUGGCCAAGGGCUCGUAAUUGCCCAUCGGUUUGAAAACACUCCUUCUCUAUUCGUAUUUGUCAUUUUUCUACGUCUCAAUCUUUCUUUGCGUCAAAAAAAAAAAAACAAAAACAAAACAUUAGUCCCUGAAAAGUGUUGAAGUGUGCGUCAGAACUACAAAAAGCGGAGGUGGAGGUGUACAAAAAAAAAUUCCUGAUUUCCAUAUUUAGAAUCUUAAGAUGCAAACCAGGAAGUCUCAGCUUCCGUUUCGAGAUAGACACCUGGAGUUUGAAAAUCGAUCUAGAAACAGGAGAGAAUCAUCUGUCUCGUGGUACCUCAGAGCCACGUUGGAACUCGGUAAUUGUACUUCCGGUCGUUAGACGAGAUACUCACGUAGAUGACGUUAUCUACUUUUUGUGGAAAAUAGGAUGUGAUGUUGUGAUUGUGCUAUAUCCAUUGAUUGUCGGCAAAAAGAUAAAAAUUGAUGGACCUUUUUUUCUUUUUCUUUUCUUGAAAAAAAAAGUUCUUCUUCUCCGUGAUGGAAAUCUCAAUAUUUUUUCUUCUAAAGGAUUCGGAAAAAAAUUCUUCUUCCAUUCAACUAUACUUUAAUUGAUGAUAGUGAUCACAUUCAUCUCCUAAAGUUGACAACGAUUAAGAUUUAUCAUCAGGAGUCUAAUCGAUCGAAUCAAAAAUUACAAUAAUUAGAGUUCGCUAAAGUUUUUAAAUAAAACGAAUUUAAAUUCGUGCAAAACAAGUAGAAUUUGUUUAAAAACGUUCAAGAUAAUCUUUAGAAUUAAGUCUGUUCUUUAAAGGGGAAAAAUUAAGAAAAGAGACGUGAUUAAGAAACGUUAGCCUUAAAUCUAAGAUUCAAGUAAUUAAAUAUUGAUCAAAUCGACAUCAUUAAUUUAAUGUUGAUUUGAAGAAACUAGAAAUCGAAGAUAGCAAAAUUUUUGCAAUUAAGAAUUGAUAACCUACUUGUUGAAAUUGAAACCUUUUGGUAGUUCAAAAAUGUUUAAAGUUAUAAAUCUAAAGGUACAAAAAGAAAAACGUUAAGAAUCGAUUGAAUCCUGCAACUUAGAGAAUUCGAAACAGAAGACAAUUGGUAAAGUUUAGAAGAGCAAUCGAUAUAAUAGAAAAGAUCAUACAGAUCGGAGAAAUGCUACCAAUCAAGUGUCUUAAGGUGAAAAAUUUCGAGCAACGAUUGGUGACUGGUUAUUAAAAUAACCUUUUCUAACUGAGAAAGCAUAAAUUAAGAUACAAUAUUGUUGAGCUUAGUAGAAAACCCAGUUCCCCUUGUUUAUAUCGUAAUUUGUACUCCAAUGCGAGAAAUUGUUGCUGUUGAAUUUUUUGCGAGCAAUAUUGUCGUUAAUCGUUGAAGUUUACGGUAUUUAUUAACCAAAAAAAAAAUAACAAGUACCUACAUAGAUUAUUCCAGAGGCCUUUGCUUCGAACAGCGAAGUCAUUGUUACAAUCGGCAUAGUGACCUAGACGUGCGUCGACAUCUAUCGAUCGCUGAUAAAUCAACAAUGACAAAAAUAUUUACUUAUUUAUAAGGAUUUCGAUUCAGUUUUUAUGCCUCGCAGUUUUAGCGCCUUAGAAAUUUUAUAAAGAAAAAAAUUUUCAUCCUUUGCAGAAAGCAGUAAUUUUUACAGUUUCAUUCUACAAUUUGACAAAGAGUAUGGAAUGGAAAUUUUUUGUGUGAAGAGAAGCAAAUAAAUAUAUUGCCGAGAAAAAUGCAACUGAUGAGAAAAAAUAGUAAAUUGAGAAAAGUGAUUUAAAAAAAUACAGUGGGAUAAGAGUUAAAAUAGAUGCGAGAGAAACUGUGAAGUGAUAUUUGUGAGAUUUUCUGCGGAUCUUUGGGGGAGAGAAAUUGAGAGUGUAUCUCUCUCGGGUGUGAAUUUGGUGCGCCGGAUUUUUUAAGUGGGUCGGGAUCGCAAGUGACAGAUUGUGAUUGAGGAAGGACCACGUUCAAGGACGAUACGGGCAAGGCCAAUGGGUAAAAAAUUUCAAGAGUGAAUCUUACAUAAGUGGAAUUCAUAUAUGAACUGGAAUUAUUUUUUGGAUCCAUCAAAUCUUCAAAAGUUGAAUCUAAAUUUAAAAAAAUGAAAAAGAUUUUCCGUCAAUUAGAAUUUGUUUUCAUAAUGCCAUCAGGCAUUGUGUGAAAAUACUUCCCCUACCCAAAAGAAGAAAUCGUUGUCAAAAAAAAAAACUGUGUGGAGAAACUUUGUUUUGAAAUAGAAUCGAAGAUCCAAAAUGGAUUACGCAGCAUCAACGAUGUUUGACAGCCUAAAAAAUAAUCGUAUCAGCAAGUUGGCGCUCUCAAAAUUUCUGUCGCAAAGCCUACCGGUUACUCCAGCAAUCGAAGAAACAAGAGCGCAAUUAGAAACAACAGGUUCUGGUAAUCCAGGCAGUAAAUCUCCUGCAGGAGGUACAAGUGGAGAACCACGAACUCCUGUCGCAGGACCACAAAAUAAACAACUACAAAAUGUUAAAGGCGACCAUCCUUCGAGAGCGUUUCUUCAAAGUAGAUCGGUCUCUUUGGUUGACAUGUACAUUGACAAUUCGGAACCCAGCGAGAACGUGGGGCAGAUCCAGUUCAGCUUAGAGUAUGAUUUCCAGAAUACUAACCUCAUCGUUCGUAUUAUACAGGGUAAAGAUCUACCGGCAAAGGAUCUGUCCGGUACGUCUGAUCCUUAUGUAAGGGUAACGUUGCUACCUAAUAAAAAAGAUCGUCUCGAUACGAAGAUGAGAAGGCGAACCUUACAUCCUAAAUGGAAUGAGACCUUGUACUUUGAAGGUUUCACAAUCCAAAAAUUGCAAAAUAGAGUUUUACAUCUACACGUUUUCGAUUACGAUCGAUUUUCACGGGAUGACUCUAUAGGGGAAGUGUUUAUGCCGCUAUGUCAGGUCGACCUUUCAGAGAAACCGACGUUCUGGAGAGCCCUCAAACCGCCGGCAAAGGAUAAAUGUGGCGAAAUUCAGAUCGCUCUUUGCUAUCACCCUUCUAAUUCUCUACUCACCAUACAGCUCAUUAAAGCAAGAAACCUCAAAGCGAAAGAUAUCAAUGGAAAAUCAGAUCCAUAUGUAAAAGUGUGGCUGUAUGUUGCCGAAAAGAAAAUCGAGAAGAAGAAAACGCCAAUAUUUAAGUGCACAUUGAAUCCUGUAUUCAACGAGACGUUUAACUUUGAUCUCACAUGGGACAAAUUUAGGGAUUGUUAUCUAGAUGUUAUGGUUAUGGAUUUUGACAACAUCGGCCGGAACGAACUCAUAGGCCACAUAAUAUUAGGAGGUAAAAACGGAAGUGGUGUAUCCGAGACGAAGCAUUGGCAGGAAAUGAUUACGAAACCAAAGCAAACCGUCACAUUGUGGCAUCGUCUGAAACCGGAAUAAACUAAAAACUUCCACUUCGAGUUUUACUUUCUUUCCAUGUUCUCGACUCGAAUUCUAAUACGAACUAUCGACAUGAGAAUCAUAUACUCGCUCUCCAGAGUGUCAUCCAUCAAAAAAAAGAAUCCAGCAAGUUUCUGCUUUGAAGAAAAAAAAAAAAAAAAAGUCAGAGGUGGAUAAUGGAUGCAUGAUAAUGAAGACAAAAAUGGAAGAAGCGAGAAAAAUAAGAAACGAAAGAAAUAAGAGAGAGUAAUGAGGAAAAAAGAAUGAAGAAUAGAAAAAAAAAGGUUUAUUGAAAACAAAAGAAGAAAAGCGGGCAACGAUCUCUGAAACAAUGGUGGAGAGAAAAAUAAAAUCGCGCACUGUUCAUUCUUUCGAAUAAUCUCAUUCAUCGUUUUUCAGUCGUCAUAUAUACAAUGCAAGAAGUCAACUGCUGACUUACUAAAAAAUUCACAAAAAGAAAAAACCCAGUGCCAGACGUUAUAAAAAUCAACCAUCAGAAUCUCUUAAUUUUUCGCGAAGAGAAAUAUUCUGCGCCCUGACAGCAGUCAAUAAAAAUCCCUUUUUGAAAAAGAAAAAAAAAAUUAUUCAAUUUUGUUAAGACUCAAUUCUAAAAAAAAAUUGGAAUAUUUCUCUCCGCGAGAAUUAAAUCAGCAUCGUAACUAAUUAAGCAAUUGACUAAUUUUUUAGCUCUGUAAUAAAUGGAGAAGUCUUGUAAUUAUAGAAAGUAUUAAGGGACAUAUAUAUAUAUUAAUUGUGAGGCGAUAGAAGCUUUUGCGACUGGUACCACACUGACAGCAUCGACCGUUAUUUUCUACGGACGAUAGAAGUCUAGUAUUACUAAAAAAAAAUAAUAAUUACUCUAUAGAAAUCAUCCCCAUUAUUAUAAAUCUCGAAAUCUAAAAUAUUCCAAAGGACAAAAAAAACUCGAUAUCAUUUUUGAAUUUAUACUAGUUGAGACGACACACGUGUGCAAAUUUAGAUCAUAUAACUCGAAGGAUUCUUGUUUACCUGAAAAUGAUGUUUUGAAACUAAUACAACUUUAGUUUGCAAGAAACAUUAGUUCAUUGUUAAUUCACCUAGUUUCUUCAAAAGUAAAAAGUUUCAUUGUGUGAUAAAUUUCAUAGUCAUUUUCGUUUCCUUUAUAUAUUCUCAGCUUGCAGACAACUUUUUGUUAAAUAUUCUUGAAAAUUUUAUCUUUUAAUGAAAGCAUGGGACUUUAUUUUUUAUUUUCUGGAAAUUCUAACAAAAACUAUUUAA